UCAGAUGAAAUGCUUUCCUGAGCAUCAAACCAAAGGGGAAGGUCACAACGCUGUGCUCCUUACCACCAUUCGCAGGUCUUCCUCUGAAGUAAGGUCAACCAGGGAGAGGCACAAAAGAAACUACUGAAAUUUUGCAAGUCCGUUGUAUUUCACCCUUUGAGAUGAUGGUAUUAAUUCUCGUGCCCUUCCUCUGCAUCGGAGUAUCGGGAAGCCCAGCCCUGUCAAGGCUUGCCUCUUUCUCUGGAGAAUUUGGUGGCGACAGCGGAGAAUAUUUUGACCAUUCAAGUAAUGAACUGGAUGGCCCCAUGACUGCCCUGAAAAUAAGAGCAAAUGACAGAUACCUCUUAAGCAUUCAGGUUCGCUAUGGAGACUCAUGGUCUGUCACCGAAGGCAGUACUGUGGGUAACCUGUCUGGCAUGGAGCUGUACCACGGAGAAGGAUUUAUCCAAGUCACGGGGCGUUUUGGGAACUAUGUGGAGUACCUCGCUUUUCGGACCAACCUGGGGCGCGUCUUUGCCUUCGGGCCCAGCUUUGGUCCUGGGAUGGGCUUCGAAGCUGAGCCGAUGUUCCCAAACACCGUCCUGCGCUUCAUCAGUGGGCGCUCAGGUUCUUUGGUCAACUCUCUUGGGUUCCACUGGGACCAAGACCAAGAGAUCGGGGCCGGGAAUCAAUCCUCCCUUUCCACAGAGCCGUCUGCAAUCACAGCCACUUAGGUGACAGAAAUGAAUAAACACACCCAAUGUUCA